UUUUAUUCAUCUAAUCAGUCGCGAGUGCAAAAGUUUCUUAGCUAAUUGAGAAAAAAGUAACCUUUCAUUAUUGAAAUUUUGUGCAUUCUGUGCGUAGAAGAAAAUCAAGUAGAAAUGGUACAACAUUCUUUGCGUAGGUGUUUUUGAUUUUAGUAUUAAUAGUGUCAGUGCGCGUUUUCAGAAGAAAAUGAUGGCGUAAAUAAAAAAGACGAUUGCAGAAUUGAAAAAAAAAUCCUAAUAUUUAGCUGCUGACAGUGUAAUGCAGAUUAUCAAAGAACUGUUUUAAGCGAAAAAAAAUCUUUUAAUUGCACAAAUUGCAAGUUCGACAAAGGAAAAAAAACAAAUCGAGUGCCAUAAAGUGGAUAAACUUAAAAUUGAACAGGCAAUCUUUUUAAUUUAUAUGUGUACAUUGGGAUAGAGUGUAAACAAAGCUAUUCGAAGUUUCGUGACGUAAUUAAAUAUUUGUGCAAUAGGAAUAGUUCUACAAUUUCAAAUAUCGAAAGAUUGUAACAACAAAUUGUGUAUCGUAUUGUGUACCGUAAAUUAUACCAAAUAUGGAGGCCAAAGCAAAUGCAAUACCUACGGUAUAUCCUUCGACACCGCCAUAUUCGAAGGGCGCCCGAUCGUCGCAUCAAUAUUUCAGCCUAAGAUGGAACAAUUACCAAUCAAAUAUGACAUCAGUUUUCCAUGAACUGUUGGAAACCCAGUCCUUUGUUGAUGUCACGUUAGCUUGUGAAUAUAAUUCACUAAAAGCACACAAGGUGGUGCUUUCAGCAUGCUCUGCAUACUUUCAAAAAAUAUUACUGGACAACCCUUGUAAACAUCCAACUAUCAUUUUACCGGCGGAUAUAUGCUUCUCAGAUUUACAAUUCAUCAUCGAAUUUGUUUAUAGAGGGGAAAUUGACGUAUCGGAAGCAGAAUUACAGAGCCUGUUACGAACAGCUGAACAAUUGAAAAUAAAAGGAUUAUGUGAAGUAAGUGAACCUCAAUACGAACAGGAUUUCUCACCAUCCGUUAAACGAUACAAGCCCUAUAGUUCACGAUCACCUGACAGUCGCCAUCCUCCGCCUCCGUCUGGCUCACAGCCUUCGUCGAACACUAGAAGCACACAUUCUUCCUCCUCGCAAAGCAACAAUAACCAAAGUGGACAGGACUCCAAAAGUGGCCAUAAUUCAUCUGGUAGAAAUCAUAGUAAUCUAGAAUCGAUCGUGUCUGAUAAUGGAUCAUCGCCUAUAAAUGUGUUGGAGUCCCAUGAUUUAACUUCAACACCAGGCAAAGAAGGAAAGACAAAAAUGACCAGCCUUGGAAUGGGGGUUGGAAUAAAUGGCUCCGUAAUGGGUGUUCCCAUGGGUUACCUGGACUUUGCUCCCGAGCCUCCUGCACCAACAGCAACUCCUGUGACAGAACAUCAUGAUAUUAGUUGUGCUCCAAGCCACGAUACUCGUGAUCUGUCCAGUAAGUAUGCGAUUUCUAAUAAUGGCGACAUACGGGUUAAAUUUGAAACACUCCGUUCACUGGAUCCUCAAGAUGCAAUUCAGCUUGAUACUCAAGUUGCGCAUCAGAUGCACGCUCAGACACAGCAGCAGCAGCAGCAACAGCAGCAUAUACAACACCAGCAAAUUAUGCAUCAACAACAGCAGACGCAUUUACUGCAACAACAACAACAGCAGCAGCAACAAGUACACAGGCAAACUCCGCAACCCCAGCAAGCAGAUCAUCGCCUUUCACCUCAUCAACAGAUCACACAACAACCACCGCAGCAUCAGCAGCACGUUCUACUGAUUGAUCAGCAGUCGCAACACUCCCACCAUUCAACUCACAGUCCUGCAUCUAAUGCUUCCAGUACAUCUAGCCAGCACCACCCAGAAAAUUUGGUAACGGUUGCAUCCACUGUUCCCGAUAGCAUUGCUCCUUCGGAAAUUAAAACGAGAGUCGUGUUAAAACAAGAGAUUAUGACUGAAGCUGAUCAACAAACCCAGCAACAACACCACCAACAACAACAGAUGGAACUAGAACCAGAUCAAUCGUCGAUGCAUGGAAUGGUUGUCACGCCAGAGAUCUCGGGAAUGAUGAGUCAAAGUCAAAUGAGUGAUAUUUAUCAAUCAGAUGCUAGCGAAGAUUCAAAAGUUGGCAUUUUGGAUGGAUCGUCAACGCAAUACACCAAUUUGACGAGUCCCAAUGCUGGUGAUCCCAAAACACCAAGUGGUCCAAAGACGUGGACAGCUGAAGACAUGGAAUCCGCAUUAGAAGCUUUACGUACUCAUAAUAUGAGUUUGACGAAGGCGUCAGCAACGUACGGUAUUCCAUCUACUACAUUAUGGCAGCGAGCCCAUCGACUCGGUAUCGAUACGCCUAAGAAGGAGGGACCGUCCAAAACGUGGAAUGAAGACUCACUAAACAGCGCGCUAGAGGCGUUACGUACCGGAACGAUAUCGGCGAACAAAGCCUCAAAAGCAUUUGGCAUACCGUCUUCCACUCUGUAUAAAAUUGCUCGACGCGAAGGAAUCCGAUUGGCGGCUCCCUUCAAUGCUGCCCCAACGACUUGGUCCGCGGAAGAUCUUGAUCGUGCCUUGGAAGCUAUUCGUGCUGGCCAAACCUCGGUGCAAAAAGCUAGUACGGAGUUUGGAAUUCCCACCGGUACAUUGUACGGUCGUUGCAAACGAGAAGGAAUCGAACUGUCGCGAUCGAAUCCAACUCCUUGGUCUGAGGACGCAAUGAUGGAAGCAUUGGAAUCUGUCAAGCAGGGACAUAUGUCAAUAAACCAGGCUGCGAUCCACUACAAUCUGCCGUAUAGCUCGCUUUAUGGUCGAUUCAAGCGUGGUAAAUAUGACAAUCCAAACAGCGGUAAUCCAUCGCACUCGAACCACGGAGCAGGUGGUGUAGGCGGAGGCGGUAACAUCGGAGGUAUCGGAGGGAACGUAGGAGCGUCAGCAGUAACGAUGGCUGGCGUUACCAGCAGCCCUCAGAUGGAAUUUAAAAUAGAACCCCAACACAAUGAACAUAGUCCAGAGAACACGACAACAGAAGAAUUCGGAGCAAAUGAUUUAAUAACGAUAUUCCAGCAACAUUAUAAUCCUGCGCUAACAACGUCGUUAUCGACAUCGUCCCUGCCGCCUUCGACGCAAACCCAUCACAUCGUACCAUCACCAUCGCCUGUCAAUAUCCACAUCAUAAAUUCCAAUCAUCACCACCAUCAGCUGCAGCCGACUCCGCCGCCACCGCAUCAAACAGUUUCAACGACGCAUCACGCAGCAAUACAGGGAAACCAACCGCAGCUGAUACAGCAUCACAUCAUUCCGCAGCAGCACCACAUCAUCUAUCAGCAGCCUCUCCAGCAGAUACAGCAACAACCGCAGUACCAUCCUAUGUAUCACAUUAUCAAACAGGAGAACGACAGAAGUUGAAGUUAUCGAUAUCCAAUAAUUUCGCCGUUGCCGGUCCGGCAAACAUCUUCCACAAAACAACUAAAUUGUUAGUAAACAGUAUAGUUUAAAGCCCUGCACCACGUGUACCACUACCGUCGCAGAUAGCAUGAUAUUUGCUUCUUUCCUGGUCCCUGUGUUCUAUUUCGAUUUUUUUACAGUUUUAGUCCUUAUAUUAUAUCAUCAGUGGACAUCGUAUUAAAAAAUUGAAGAAACUCGAAACUCUUUUAUCCGAAGUCGAAGAUAAAUGUCACAACAGAGUACAAUAUACGAGUUUAUUUGGGAAAUGAUACACGUGGUUAAGUGCGAUAAAUCAAACAUCAGGAUUGAUAUAGAUGACUAUUAUCGUGGUAACAGUAAAUUGCUAUAAUGAGAAUAUCUUUAUUGGAAGUGAUAGAGUGAUUGCUGAAUAAAAUGUUUUAAACAUAACUCUUCCAUUGCAUUAAAAAAUAAUUGCAAUUUCAUUUAUAUGUUGACUGUCCAAAACGAAUGGAUAUUUUUUCAGUAUAAAGCCCGCCAAAUCUGUGGCUCUCAGGAUUUUCGUAUGAUUUUGUCUCACUCGUUAUGCAUUUUGUGUAAAGAAUAUAACUUAACUUUCAAAUGCUAAAUAGUUUAUAAAUAUGACAGGAUAAUAUCAUUUCAUAGUAACAUAUACAACUAAAUUAUACUUAUUAGGAAACAUCUACUUAUGUUAAGUUUUAAUGACUUGCUUUGAAGGAUGCGUGAAACGUGAAUCUAUCCUUCCACGAAAAACAUCGGAGACUUUUUGAGAUUUUGUAUUUAGAAAUGUUCUUUACUCGCACUAUAAGAGUUGUUAAGUGUUUUAUAAUUUAUGCAAAAUAGUUUGUUUCAUCAAAAUUUAAACAGGUAAUAGCAUGAGGCAAUAUUGCACAUUGUCCGCUCUGUUCUGUAUGCUUAGUGUGUAUGGAAUCAACAACUUUAUUUCAAAAACAAAAACAUAAGUCAUUAUCGCAAAGCUACCACAAAACAUUUCCUUUCUCAAAGAUAACUUUUUUACAAUGACUUUGAACAUUUUUUUUAAAUCUUCAUUAACGUGAUUGGCCUUCGAACAUCAUCUCAUAGCUCCUGUGUUCUUCUCAUGAAAAAUCAAGCAAUGAAAAGGAAUUUGAUUUAGUUAUCAUUUUUGUGACAUUCUUCAUCAGUGAGCACGCAUGUUAGCGAAAAGAAGCAACGAAAUUGGUGCUGUAUUUCUUCGUUUCGCGAUGAGAUGAAUAUAUGUUCAGUGAGAUGUAAAACGGAACGAUUCUUUUACCACUUAUAAUAAGGCGUCCAAUAUUAUUAUUAUUGUCUUUAUUCAAAAGGGUUUCAACUCUUGGCUGGCUCACCUCUGGAGAGCGGUUCACUAAUUACGUACGGACUGUAUAUGGGGGGAGGGGGUCUCUCAUUCUUUUACGAUUUAUAUAAACAAAAAAAUGUGCUUAUUCUGCGUCCCAUAUGAGGUGAGGCAUUUCGAAUGAAGUGAGAAUUUUCGAUACCUCCCAUUUGAAUUACACGGUCGUCUCACGUGAGACGGGUGGAAAUCGACAAUUCUCGAGUCAUACGAGACGCAAAAUAAGCACAUAUUUAUUGAAAAAAUCCAAUGUAAGGGGGAAGGGACCAGAAAACCCCAAAAAAUGCUAACGUAAUACGUGUACGGCCCCUUAAACAAUUGUGGUUUCCUAAACGAUUCUCAAAAACUGAAUGUGUAAUCAAUGACUAUCAACAGGUCGUUUUUUGGCCGGCUGUAAAAGUCUUAACUGAAUACUGCGAAUACAGUGGUGUUCGCAAUAAUAACAGAAAAACAACAGCUUUUGUUUUCUAAAUACUGAUCUGAAAAACGAUUAAAUAAAUAGUUACAAACUUGAUUAUAGGUUACUACUAAGGAUACCUAUAAGAAUAUAUAAAUAAUAUGAAUUGUCAUAUUCCACACUAUGAAUGGCCAAUAUAUUAAAAAUAAGCACUGCUAUUAAUUCGAACAAUUUGACAUCUAGUAUGUCAUUUUUCAACAAAUUCAAUAAAUUUGAUAUUUCGUGUAUGACAAUUUCAACAUAUUUGUAGUUUAUUGCUAAAAUUUCAGCUCAAUCGGUCAUCGGGGACCAAAGUUACAGUGUGCCAAAGUUGGCUAAUUUGUAUGAAUAUCGGCCUUUGCUGCUAUUAUUCCGAACACCACGGUACUUCAGAACGUGAAAUUGGAGAUUUUGCACGAUUUUACGUUUUUCACUAAUGAUUACUCUUGCCAAAUAAAGUCAUCUAUGUUCUUCAGUAGUUUUAAUUUGACGCGCGCGUGUAUGUGUGUGAGUGUGCGUGUCUGUGCGUGUACGCAUGUGUUUGUGUGCGGAGGUGUGCUUGGAAUUUCCGAUUUGCAAUUGAGUCUAGUUUUGCUAUUGAAAAUUGGCCCUGUCUCCCAUUGCGUUGCACAAUUUUUGAUACAAAAUUGUUUUUUUUGUUUCCAAUGAAUGGAAAAAAAUAGAUUUAUUUCAGAAAUUGCUGCAAUGCAUUAAAAAAUAUGUGAGUAGGAGGAAAUAAAGGAAUCUAUCUUACUGAAGUGUUAUUUUGUACUAUUUUUUUAAAUUACAUUUCAUAAUACACGAGGAAGGCACGGGUGGGUGGAUUAAUCUUUUUUUUUCUCAAUUUGUGGAACAAAAAAAUCGUGACGCUUACUCUAUUGAAUAUUCAAUGAAAUCGUCAACAUUUGUGCUUCAAUAUAUUUUCAACAAUGAGAUGUUUGUACUAUUGAACCAAACAGUCAGAAUUUUAAAAAAUGUUUUUUUGUUACUUUAUCAAUAUACACUAUUUGACUCUAAUGAUUAUUACUAAUUAAAUAAAAAAAAACCUCAAUACUUAAACGAGGCAUACGGUAAUCAAAUCCUGACGACACUCUGUUAAAAACACGUAUAUACACGUAACGAGAACGGUAAUCGAAAUCGCAGGUACGUGGGAUUGCGAACUAACGGGGGUUAACGUUUAUGUUGAUUCUGCGCUCAGUUCUUUUUUCAUACUUUGCAUUUUACUGUUUGAUGUUUUGGACCGGUACAGACUGGAUAACAUUUGAUUUCAUUCAAUUUACCAACCAGAUAAAUUGUAUGUUCCAACACCCGAGAAUCCUGACCUUGUAUUAUGUUCAGUUUACGAACUGAAUAACAUGCUAUUAUUGCUUGUCAUAAGACGAGUUAAUACAAUCCAAUUGAGUUCCACCACUUAAUUGUAUCUUGACAGAUACGUAUUUCGACCUCAACAGUAAGGCCGUCUUCAGUGUCUCGUACUUGACUCGAGUCAAGUACGAGACACUGAAGACGGCCUUACUGUUGAGGUCGAAAUACGUAUCUGUCAAGAUACAAUUAAGUGGUGGAAUUCAAUGGGAUUGUAUUAACUCGUCUUAUGACAAGUGAAGACAUUCCACUAAAAAGCUCAAAAUAAUUUUCUUAUCAUGCUAUUAUUGAAUUGUCGUCACGAGCAAUGUCAGUCCAGUCUGAACAUUAGGCUUUCAGCGAUCGUGUACGUACACGCACGUUUCACUCACACUUCUACUCGGUUUGUUUGCAACCACGAGCAGCUGUCACGGCAAAAUCAAAUGGGAUUGUUUGCAACCACGAACCUGCGUUCGUGUUGGUGAGAAAUGUCGGCGAGACCCUAAUAGUUUGAAAUUUUGGGCUCUAAACGUAUACAUCUCGCGCAUAGAAUCAUAAGGACGUUACUGUAUUCAUCGAUUUGCUCAAUUACUCAGCUGUUUCAGAAGCUACAGUCGUGAUUGUCCCUUCUGGUAUAACAUGCAAUCAUUCUUUAUCACACUAAACCUAAACUACCACUAUUCGCUACAUUGAUAAAAAAAACAUCAACGAAGAGAAAUCGAUCAAUGCACGCCCCUAUGAUUCUAAGUGCGAGGCAUAGUCUAGAACCAUAGUACAAACAUUGUUUCUGCAAGAAAAAGUAAAACAUAUCCAAGUUCCUUCAAAUCUAAAGUGGAGCGCAUGCCAAUAAUAUUCAAACAAAAGUCCAGAGAGAAAUAAAAAAAUCUAUUUUUCAUCUCUGUAGACACUCAAGAUACGUACUCCACACUCUAAUAGCCUAUUCAGAUUACGCCAUUUAUUAUAAUAAAUAUAAUGAUAAAGAGUAACUUGGUGCCACAUACAUUCAGUUUUCUAUCCAAUAUUUAAUUCGAUAAUUAAUAAAAUAAAUAGCGUAAUUUCAAUAGGCUAUAACUUUCAUCUACUCAGUGGCUGAGUAAAAUUGCAUUACCGUUUCUUUGCUUCCCACGGAAAUUGGGUAGAAGAAGAUGGCAAUACAAUUUUACUCAGUCACUGAGUAGGUAAAAGUUAGAGUACAUGAUGCGUGAAGUGAACAAAUAUAAAAUCUCUUUUUUGUCCCAUUGAUGUUAAUACAGUGGAGUAGGUGGGAAAUGUAAUAUAAAUGCAUGAAAUGAUUAAAUCGAACAACAUUUCUUAAAGAUUUUUCUAUUGGAGUUUAAAUUUUUAUUAUUUUUCCCACAAAACAUUAAACCUCCCCUCGAAUAAUUAAAUUUGGGCACGAUACGAUUUUUUAAGGGUCGUAGUCAGAAGAGGAUAACGAAAUUUGUUUCCGCCUAAUUUACUUCAGAAAGCUCCUAUUGCGGUUGGCGCUGAUGCUGUUGAUGCAUGUUAACUUAUUUUACACAGCUUGCAAAACAAUCUUUGUCUCCAACUGUAAAUAAGUAAGAACGAAGCAAAUCAGCAUUUCAGCUGCUUCUCCGUUUCUGCUCCAAUUGCACUUGUAUCAGGUUGCGAUAUGUUUGUUUUUAUAACUUGUAUCGAUUAUGAGAGAUUUUUAAGUCUCUCUUUUAUCGUCUAUCCUUAUCAAUUGGGAGCAAAUUAUAUAAUCCUUUGCCAAACAGCAUAAGAAACUUACGUUAAAUAGUCCUUGAAUAAGAAAACAUGUGUGGUAUGAUAUUUAUUUCAGUACAUUUGACCUAAAAAAAAAAUGAAAAAAAAAUCAGUUUAGUUUUGGAGACUGAGCGUUGGUUUAAAACCAGCAAUAUCCAUGCAUAUAUUUAUUUCUGAGACCAAGAAAAAAUCAACAACCAGUCAAAUAGGUUAUCUUUUUACACUAUUUCGUUUUUCUCGUGAUAGUUAUAAAUUAAAAAAUGAGCAAAACAAUUAACGAAGCACAAGUCGAUCCAUCUACUCAUUCGAAAGGAAUAUUAUGACUAUAAUCGAUUUCAUACAUACAACAAUUACUCAAUCUGGUAUCUACAAACACAUUUUGUUGUUUACUUUUUUAUUCCAUAAAAUCUCAGAACUCCGAAGUUAUAUAUAAUUUGCAGGGCGACAUAGUCAACGUGCAAUGGACGAUUUGUUGUAUUAAAAAAUGAAACGUGUGAAAAAUCAAUAUUCUUAGAAGAAGAAAAACUGCAACACGAAUAAAUUUUGGAUCAUUGAUUAUAUCGUAGGAACCAAAACAGUUAAAUCGUGGAUUGAAAACAUGUGGCUAAAACUAGUGAUUAAAACUAGCGAUGUAUGAGAUUGAAUGUUUAGGAAUCAUUAAAUUUUUAGAUUAGCUAGGCAGAUUCCCUUCCGACAAGCAGAAAUGUCUUAGAAUUGCAUUUUUCAAGAGAAAAAUGACUGUUAUCACAUUGAAACCCCAAAAUAACACACAUUCAAUAGCUGGAACAUUAUUGUUAUUUAUCGGUGUAUGCGGUCUUUUUUCAUACCACUGUACAAUAGGGUAGGCUGGACAAAAUGGAUGUACUAAAAAGUGCGAGUUUAUUAUUUCGAGCGUUUCGUCCUUUAAACUUGUAUGCGGAAAUAUUUUUGACAAAAUUUUGGACUAUUUUUAUCUCAGUAUUACACUUGUUUUAAAAUUUCUAAAUGAAAAAUCCAACUGUUCGACGGA